AUGACAAGCCCCACUGUGGUCUAUUCGGGUGUCUCUAGUACACACGAUGUUGGCGGCGUUUUGUUCAAGGACACAAAGUUUUGGCUUUCAAGAACCGUCCCAUCAAGGUCAUGGAUAAUACAGCAGAUUCAGGCCAACGGUGGGAAAGUAGUAUUAUUAGAGAAAGAUGCUGAUGUACUUCUUGUGGACCAUAUGAGAAGGGACAACCCUCCUGGCUCAACUUCUUUCCAGUAUAUUGAAAAGUCCAUCCGGAGCGGGAAACGGGAGAGCCUAGAAGACCACCGCGCUGGUCCACAAGUUGGGUAUUUCCGUCCUGUUGGGUCGACCACCACCCGCCAAAAGAGCUACCGAUCCGCCUUUACUGCGAGAGAUGAUCAAAUUCUAUAUGACUGGGUGAAGCCUUUUGAAGAAAAAGGGGGCCACAUAGGAGGAAAUAAAAUUUACCAGCAACUUUCUGAAAAGCAAGUGGACACAUCUAACACUCGAACCCCUCGCUCUGGCAGCAACAGAUAUAAACAUUUUACAGAGGAAGAGAAAGAAGACUUGCUCCGUCAUAUAAAAGAUAUUCUUAAUAUUGAUGACGGCAAGGAAGAUGAGGCCUGGUCGGCGUAUGCCGAAAAUACCGGCAAAUCUGUUGCGGAAUGGAAAUCUUUUUUCCAGGACGUUAUUCUGCCAGAAUACUGGUCAAGAAAAUCUAGAAAUACCGCUUCUCAUCAGGCUCUACCAGUAGCUCACCAUGAUAUUGCUGCCUCUUCUUCAAUUCGCGCGAAAUCUCCCGAGAAACAACAUAGUGAAAAAUACAACCUUAUGUCCUUUUCAGAGAGUGGGAGCCAACAAAACUUGACUCCUCUGGACAAACAGCGCAUAGAUAUUAGAAAACGACGACGGAGCGCAACACAUCUUCCUGCCACUGAGGGUGAAUCUGAAAGCCGGAAACGAAAAACUGUCGAACCCACCGCUCGAGCAACGACAUGUCCGUCAGUUGCAAGACAGCAACCUGAUAGAGCAAUGACUUUUACGGCUUCGCCAACAAACUCUCCCGGCUCAUCUAUUCGGGAACCGAGCACACAUUCAAAAUCCCGCUUCCCCUAUCCUAGUAAUAACGAAAAUUCCACCUCCGCAAGCCGCGCCGUAUCUACCACCACCACCAACUCAGCAUCAGAUGACCGCUUUGAAACCGCCCCUCAAUUCCGACAAGACACUUUGGAAAGUCAUUAUCAAACGCCUCCCCAGAUCCUAGAUCGCCGACACGAGUUCAACGGCUCUCCAACCCCGCAACCAACCCCAAUUACUGAAACAAAUGCGCAUGCUGACGACAAUCCCUCAUCCUUGCCAAACGACCAGCCCUCCAUCGAACGUCUGGAUAAAUGGAUCGCCUCCAAAACCGCUGGUCCCAAGGCUUCCACCGAGCAGCAAGUCCUCGAAGCGCUGGCAUGCACCACUAUGGAUCCCGACCUAGCUGAUACCGUUCUCGAAGCAAUGGCAACUGGGAAGGGAUACCUGACAUAUUAG